AGGAGAAGUGUCUAUUUGUGCAGAGAGUCGCGAGGCUGACCGAGUGGAGUCCAGUCCGCAGGGACGGACGGCUUGGAGGUUCCCGCGGACCCUGCGCUGCGCUCUGGAGGGGACCGCUCCCGCGGUGGGGGCACCUCUGAAAAUGCCGCGCUCCUUCUUGGUAAAGAGCAAGAAGGCCCACACCUACCACCAGCCCCGAGCGCAGGAGGACCCUGCCUGGCUUCCUGCCAUCGCCCCGGUGACCAGGGACCAGGUCCUGAGCAACAGCCCUGAGGUCAGCACACUGCCCCCAGACCAGUACCUUGACUGGAACAGUGUCAAACGGGAGCCAAGGCUGGAGCCUGGGCAGAGCUUGACCAGGAUGGCCUCAGUGCCAGAGGGCCCUGUAGUGAUGGCCCGGCCCCGGGAUGGGGACUCGCCCCUCUCCGACUCCCUGCCCUUCUACAAACCCAGCUUCUCCUGGGACGCUCUGGCUUCGUCCUACGGCUGCCAGCAGGGCCCUUCCACCAUGCAGUCGGCCUUCCUGGAGCGCUCCGUCAGGCUGUACGGCAGCCCCCUGGUGCCCAGCGUGGAGCCGCCGCUGGACUUCAGCCUGCGCUACUCCCCAGGCAUGGACGCCUACCACUGCGUCAAGUGCAGCAAGGUGUUCUCCACCCCUCACGGGCUGGAGGUGCAUGUCCGCCGCUCCCACAGCGGGACGCGGCCUUUCGCCUGUGACGUCUGCGGCAAGACCUUCGGCCACGCCGUGAGCCUGGAGCAGCACACCCACGUCCACUCCCAGGGGAUCCCAACUGGGUCCAGUCCUGCGCCCAGCCUGGCUGUCCUGGGCGGCGAGGCCCCACCUGCACCUGACCCCCCGGGGCCUCGUUUCCUCCGGCAGGAGCGCAGCUUUGAGUGCCGGAUGUGUGGCAAGGCCUUCAAGCGCUCGUCCACCCUGUCCACCCACCUGCUCAUCCACUCGGACACGCGGCCCUACCCCUGCCAGUUCUGUGGCAAGCGCUUCCACCAGAAGUCGGACAUGAAGAAGCACACCUACAUCCACACCGGGGAGAAGCCUCACAAGUGCCAGGUGUGCGGGAAGGCCUUCAGCCAGAGCUCCAACCUCAUCACGCACAGCCGCAAGCACACAGGCUUCAAGCCCUUCAGCUGUGAGCUCUGCACCAAGGGCUUCCAGCGCAAGGUGGACCUGCGGCGGCACCGGGAGACCCAGCACAACCUCAAGUGAGGCCAUGCCUGCUCUGGCUCGUCCAGGGCAGCCUACCUGGGCGUCCCAUCACCUACAGGCCAGCUUCAUGCCUCCAGAUUCCCAGGCUCCUGGAGGUGGCACUGACAGGAGGCUUCAAAUUUGUUUUGAGACUCAUGAAAUUGCUGUGUGACCUUGGGCAAGUGACUUUCCCUUUCUGGACCAAUGUUCCUCCUUCCACAAAGUGUGAGGGCUGGUCUGGGUCUUUGGGGGCUGAAGUUGUCCACAGAUGUGCUCACCUUGAAAGAACACAGGAAGCUGGAACACCCCAGGGGACAGGAAUGCCAAGAACACACCAGAGCUGGGACCCACAGUGAAAGCCUUCUCCUGCCUGCUGUCCACUUGGAUGCGGCCAUCUUGAAUUUCCAGGGACCUCUUUCUGGCUGCCACAGCAUUCCGAGCUGCCUCCUGUCACCACCAGCCCUCAACUGGCCACUAGGAUUCAGCCGUGGGGCUGAAGAGGACAGCAGUCACUGCUCCUCUCAAUUGCUGUAAAUAAAAAUA